CUGCAGCCCGAUCAACACGCGCCGGCCUCCUGCUCAACACACGCACGCGCACACACGCUUCUCGCCCCGCACCAUGGACCUGGACCCGACCGUGCUCGUGCCCGCCGUGCUCGUCACCGUGGUCGCCGGGUACUUCGCGUCGUCGCUGCUGAGCAAGAAGCCCGGCGCCUCUUCCCCCUCGGCCGGGAGCAAGAAGCCCCAAGCCGGCUACGGAGACGACGUCCCCCCGUCAAGAGCGCUGGGGGAGCCGCGCCGCCCGGAGCCCGCAGCCGCCCCGUCCACGCCGCCUCCGGCUCCGGCUGUGGAGGACGUGGGAGCCGCCGAGAAGCUCCGGGCGGAGGUCGUCCCUGAACCAGUAUCGGCACCAAAACCAGUCCCAGAACCAGAGACUCUACCAGAACCAGAACUUGUCCCAGAACCAGAGACUCUACCAGAACUUGUCCCAGAACCAGAGACUCUACCAGAACCAGAACUUGUCCCAGAACCAGAGAGUCUACCAGAACUUGUCCCAGAACCAGAGACUCUACCAGAACCAGAACUUGUCCCGGAACCAGAGAUUCUACCAGAACUUGUCCCAGAACCAGAGACUCUACCAGAACCAGAACUUGUCCCGGAACCAGAGAUUCUACCAGAACCAGAACUUGUCCCAGAACCAGUUGUGGCACCAGAACCCAUCCCAGAGCCAGAACCUGUCCCAGAACCAGCUGAAGAGCCAGAACCGGUAUCUGAACCCAAACCUGUGCCUGAUCCAGAGCCUGUGGUCGAGUCUGAACCAGAAUCUGAAGCGGUCCAGGAACCUGAACCAGAACCUGUUGUGGAGCAGUCCUUACCUGAGCUGAUCCCUGGUUCUACAGAGGACCGCCUGCCAACCCCAGAACCUGUUAUAGAGGAACCAGAAGAACCAGAGACCGUCCUGGACAACGACGAGGCUGCAGCUGAAGACAAAGUGAAGUUCACUCCAGGAAAGAAACAGAACAAGUUGGAGACGACGAUGACGAUGACGAAGGAGGAGACCGAGGAAGAACGCAGCGCUCCCGAAUGAGAUUUCUGCCUUCAGGACCUCUUGGCGUGCAGAGGAAAAGGGGAGGAGUCUCAGGACCUCUUGGCGUGCAGAGGGAAAGGGGAGGAGUCUCAGGACCUCUUGGCGUGCAGAGGAAAAGGGGAGGAGUCUCAGGACCUCUUGGCAUGCAGAGGAAAAGGGGAGGAGUCUCAGGACCUCUUGGCGUGCAGAGGAAAAGGGGAGGAGUCUAAGGACCUCUUGGCGUGCAGAGGAAAAGGGGAGGGGUCUAAGGACCUCUUGGCGUGCGGAGGAAAAGGGGAGGAGUCUAAUUAUCAGAGCUUGUUUUGUUUAAGAAUUAAUAAAUAACUCCUCAGUCGUGUGUUUUGAGUUGAAACGUUUAAACGUGCAAUAAAUUAAUAAAUGUGUGAAACCAAA